AUGAUAUCCUGCGCCUAUGCACUUCUUUUCUCGGGUUACAGAGCGUCAAACGGUCUCUCAUCAUCUUAUCACUCGUCAUAUAAUAGAGCAAAAGAACCGACAAGAGUUGAUGUUCCGAAAAGUCUAGUUUUUCUCGCGGAUGGGUUCGGAUAUUCGUUCUAUGGUGCCUAUGAGUUUCCAUCUAACGGCCAAUUCCCUAGACCCGACGCACAAUUUGACAUAGCUAUGACCAUAGACACACGCAUUGAUCCUAGAACUAAUGUAGUGGCUUACUGCUCACCCACCUUAUCAUCUAUGAAAAUAAUUGAAACAUUUAAGUAUGAUUUAACUCCGAUGGGUAAAACAUACUACGCAGAUUCAAUACCCCCCACAACCUCAGAGCGCAAUUGUCAAGAGCUGAUUCAGGAAGAGUGGUAUCAAUUACUGGAAAAUUCAUCAAGAUGGCCAAAAGAGCUCGCACAAAACCGCGCAUGCUCAAGUCGUGACAUCAUCAGCUUAGCUCAUCGAGGCCUUUUACUAGUAACUGGAGUUUACAGCGAAAUGGCCCCAAUGAACGAAGCUGAAGUUCCAAAAGUAAAUGUAAGAAGCUCUGUAGAUCUGCAUCUGAUGGUUUCACCUGAACAAAUUCUUGGGACUUGGAAAUAUAGGGCAACGCAGAUGGCGCUCGUCUGGUACUUUGGCCAUUUGCAUCUUUUCGAAAGGGAAAGUGGGAGUACAACAUGGUGGCCAAAGACGAAAAUAGAGGUAGAACAGGGCAACGGUUCGAUUCUUAUACAUUUCAUGCGCUACUAUAUGAACUUAUUCAAUAACCUGGAUGACAGGAUCGCACAGUAUGGGUUUCUGUAUAGAGCAGUUGAUCUUAUUCCGUGCUCAUCCUGCAUCCCCCUUGACACGGAAAAUAAAUCUGAUCAUAUUAUGGUUGAAAUCAGAAAGCUGAGAAUUGAAAGGCAGCGUACUCCAUACCAUAAAUUCUUAAUUGAAAAAUUUUGA